AUGAAGGGAUCCUCGGCGCUCCAGUUUCUCGCGGCGGCCUUGGUGGCUCCCGCCUCGGCCGCCAACCCGUGGAAGAACGUCAACAUUGGCGGCGGUGGUGGUUUUGUUCCCGGCAUCAUCUUCCACCCGACUGCUUCAGGUGUGGCCUAUGCCCGGACGGAUAUCGGCGGUCUCUACCGGUUGAACGAGGAUGACUCGUGGACGCCCAUCACGGACAGCCUUGCCACGAACGAGAAAUGGGGCAACUGGGGCAUUGACGCCGUCGCGCUCGACCCCCAGGAUCCCGACAAGGUCUACGCGGCCACGGGCAUGUACACCAACUCGUGGGACCCCAACAACGGCGCCAUCAUCCGCAGCUCCGACCAGGGCGCCACAUGGGAGUCCGCUGAGCUGCCGUUCAAGGUCGGCGGGAACAUGCCCGGCCGUGGUGCGGGCGAGCGACUGGCUGUGGACCCAGCCAACUCCGACAUUCUCUUCUUUGGCGCCCGCAGCGGCAAGGGCCUGUGGAAGAGCGCCGACGGUGGAAAGACCUGGGCCCAGGUCGAGUCGUUCGAGAACGUGGGCACCUACGUCCCCGACCCGGCCGACACCACCGGCCUCAACAGCGACAUCAUCGGGCUGACGUUUGUCACCUUCGACUCGACCUCGGACCUCCUCGACGGCGCGACCUCCCGCAUCUUCGUCGGGACGGCCGACAACAAGACCGCGUCGCUCUACGUGACGGAGGACGCCGGCGCGACCUGGGCCCCCGUGGCCGACCAGCCCCCGACCUUCUUCCCGCACAAGGGCCGCCUCCAGCCGGACGAGAAGGCGCUAUACAUCACCUACAGCGACGGCCUCGGCCCGUACGACGGCACGCUGGGUGCUGUCUGGCGCUACGACAUUGCGGCUGGCAACUGGACGGACAUCACCCCCGCGACGGGCUCAGACCUUUUCUUCGGGUUCGGCGGUCUCAGCGUGGACUUGAAAAAGCCGGGCACCUUGAUUGUCGCGACGCUGAACUCGUGGUGGCCCGACGCCCAGCUGUACCGGUCCAUCGACUCGGGCGCGACUUGGUCGAAGAUCUGGGAGUGGGCUGCGUACCCGGAGCAGAACUGGUACUACGGGCUGCACACCGACAACGCGCCUUGGAUCAACGCGGGCUUCAUCUCGCAGGACACCAAGCGGCUAGGCUGGAUGAUCGAGUCGCUCGAGAUCGACCCGACCGACAGCGACCACUGGCUCUACGGCACCGGUCUGACCCUCUACGGCGGCCACGACCUGACCAAGUGGGACGCGGCCGACCGCAACGUCAGCAUCUCGUCUCUGGCCGUGGGCAUCGAGGAGUUCGCCGUGCUCGGCCUGGCUUCGCCUGUUGGCGGUUCUGAGCUGCUGGCUGCUGUUGGCGAUGAUUCUGGGUUCACUUUCGAGGCUGAUACCGAUCUCGGCACCUCGCCCCAGACUCCCUGGAUGAACCCUAGCUGGACUACCUCUACCGAUGUUGACUACGCAGGCAACAAGCCCGCCAACGUCGUCCGCGUCGGCAACACCGCCGGCGCCCCCCAAGUAGCCAUCUCCGAAGACGGCGGUGUCACCUGGGCCGUGCACCCGGGCGCCGACACCUCAGCCAACAGCGGCACCAUCGCCUACUCCGCCGACGGCGACACCCUCGUCUGGUCCUCGGGCACCUCUGGUGUGCUCCGCUCCGCCGACCAAGCCGCCUUCGAGGCCGUCAAAUCCCUCCCCUCAGCCGCCGCCAUCGCCGCCGACCGCCGCAACAACACCAUCUUCUACGCCGGCUCGGCCGCCUCCUUCUACGUCAGCUCCGACACCGGCGCCACCUUCACCGAAGUCGCCUCCGCUUUCCCCAGCGGCGUCAAGACUGUCAAGGACAUCGCCGCGCACCCGGCCGUCGCCGGCGAGGUCUGGGUCAGCACCGACGCGGGGGUGUUCCGCAGCACGGAUUUCGGCGCUACUUUCACCCAGGCCGACAGCAGCAUCACCUCCAGCGAGCAGAUCGCGCUGGGCAAGGGUGAGGGCGAGGACGCGUGGAAUGUUUAUGUGUUUGGCUCUGGUGCUGAGGGUGCUAAGCUGUACGGCAGUGCCGAUAACGGUGCCACCUGGGUAGAUGUCCAGGGGGAGCAAGGGUUUGGUGCCAUCGGGUCGAAUAAGUUGGCGGGCAGCGGAAAUGUGGCCGGGCAGGUGUAUGUUGGUACCAACGGGCGGGGUGUGUUUGUCGCUCAGGUUUCGAUUGGUGGUGCUGGUGGUGGUGAUGGUGGGAGCACGCCUACGACGCUGUCUACUAAGGUGGUUCCUUCGGCUACGACUGGGGUGUCGACGUCGACUGUUGGGCCUAGUCAGGUGCCGACCACUACGGCUCCGGCCAAAUGUAAAAAAUAG